CUCUUUUGGAGAAGCUACAACGAUCUGUGGUUCCUUGCCUCAUUCAAACAAUGAUCUUACCAUCUGAUCUCAAUGUCCGGUCAGCGUUCUUCUACCUGAUAUAGUAUCUUCGUCCUGAAGACUUAAAUGCACUGCUUUCACCAAAGCAAAUCGAAAUACUUGAAGACGAACACCAGCAUUUUUUUACUCAUUGCUCUGGUGGUCUUCAACGACCAACAAAGCGAUGUUGCACGAAUGACUGUCAAAUGAAUAUGAUUGCUGCGAUGAAUAGAUAUUGUUUUGUUUGUUCUCUCCUUCAUAGGCCAUUGUUCUCGACUGCCAGCGUGGUUGCAAAAAAGAAGCACAAGAAGAGACUGAAGCAAAGUAAAAUCGAUUAUCACGACUGAAUCUGAAGAAUUUUCCAACCAUAAUUCGUGAGGAACGUGUUCUUUCAUGAAAGGAAUGUAGUCAGAUGAAUAAAAUUGACGAGCGUUUACAGGAAUGACCUGACUCUCGAUCAUCUACCCAGCAAGACGAUGCUCCACCACAAGUCUUUGCGUUAUGAUCAUGUCAAUUUGUUUUGUUGCAGCGCAAUGGACUAGGUAGCUGUACUUCUAAAUAUAAGUUGUAACGUGCUGACCUUCUCGUCCUCAACGCUUAGGAUCCUAGUACGCAUUGUGACAGUAACCCUAACCGCUAUUGGACCUGUGAUAUCCUCCUUGAUCAAAAACAUUGCCAGUCAGCUAUUUGAUCCAAACGGUGAAGACGUGCGUCUGUCGUCAAUAUUUCACAGUUGGUUGCUGUCUUGUCGUGUGUUGUGAAAGUUUUCAUUGUCUCUUUCGUCUUUCAUGAUUUAUUCUUACGUGCCCGCUCCUCUAAAAAACUACCUUUGUGUGGGAGCUUACUGUAUGCUGUAUUUUCGUGUUUAAUGGUGGUUCUUGCGUGAUCGGCGUAUGGGUAUGGCUCUCCCCUAACUGUAUGGUAAUGGUGUUGAACAACUAAGUUAAGGAUUUCACACUCUCUCUUUCCUCCCCAUUUUUAGAAAAGUUGUAGCUUCUAGCAAGCUCUCGGGCAUAUCGCUUGUAGCUUCGAACUGUUAGUGUUGUUGUAAUCGCUGCUCAAGAGUACAAUAUUUCACGAGAGAAGUUUGUUCUUCAUCAAAAAUAUCAAGUCAGCAAGAAAUUCUACAACUGGAGCCUUCUAAUAAAUCCUGCUGGAGACAAAAAGAUCAUCAAGAUGCCGAAGUUGUUCGAUUUGUCCGCUAUCAAGCUGACGCGUGCUCAGGGUGCGCAUGCGCUGGAAUUGAUAAAUCAGAACAUCAAGUUCCUGGCUUUGACCCCGCAAUCCAUUCGAUCUCUGGAGCAGCUGGCUAAGGCUCUCCUUGCCAAACCAGCGGCUGACAGCGCAGCGGCGGGUACGGACACUGGGCGUCCGGAAGAUGUGCUGAACAACUUCGAUUUGACCAGUCUACGUUUCUCUGCGGCUCAGUGCUUCAAAACGUGCCAGCUCUUUCUCGAUAACGCAGAUGUGCUGGAAUUGGACGUGGAUCAGGCAAGUGUGGUGGACGAAUUCUCCCAGGAAUUCGCCAACGCAGAAUCCGAAGUCGAGAGCCAAGAGGAGGAAGUAUGCACUCUUAAACAUUCCAAUCAUCUUCUACGGCUGUCUCUGCUAAUGCUAAACUAUUCUUGCUCUUUGUGUUUUCAGGACAGAAAAGAAGAAGUAGAACCAAUAAAUCCAAAAAUUCUAAAUCUACUACUUCUUGUACGAGAACCUCCUUUUUCUUUAAAGUAAAAUUUCAAAAAUCGUUCCCUUGUCCCGUCUUCUAAUACCCGAUGCAGCACGUCGUGGUGGUGCUUAAUGUGCUGCUGCGACGGACUGGCUCCCUCGAUUACAAUAAGACAUUAAAAGACAAACAAAAAGAAAAUUAUGUUCAGGAUGGCAACUCAUCUUUUCAGUUUUAGAUAGUACGAGCAAAUCUUGAUUGAAGAUUGAGAAACGCACCACUGCAAAAAUUUGCAGUGCUACUGCCAUUUUUACGCUAGCGCCGCCCUUAGCCAUGAAGAUAUGUCGCAGCCCGCCCCCGCCUUUAUAUGACAUACCACGCGUCAGUAACAGUAACAUGAUUAAUGAAUUCAAGAGUCCCAUUAAAGCAAGCGUUUUCAAUAACCAACUAGGCCGAAGUGUACGAAAAACACGUCGACGAACUGGAAUGCACUAUCGUGAACGAGAACCGUCGCAAGGUCUGCCGUUUGUAUCUGAUCGGAGAGUGCCCAUUUGAGGACUUGUGCCCGCUCCGUCACCCCAGCAAGGAAGAACUGGACAAGCUGUACUCCUACUAUGCGUCUAUUCCGUGCCGCAACUUCGAUCGCUGCAAGUUGAAGAACUGUCUGUACCAGCAUCCGGGUGGACCAGUGAAGGGCAGCAUCCAGGACCAAUACAUUCGCCGCGUUGUGAAGGGCGGGCGGAGCACAAUCUGCUUCAAGUUUUUGAGCGGAAUCUGCGAUCAAACUGCGGAACAGUGCGACAAGUUGCACGCUAACGCAGACGAGGCGGCCAAAACGAUCCAGAAAUGCCGCGCUAGUACGUGCAAAAAUGGUCCGGAAUGUCGUGUCGCGGGUUGCCUUUUCAACCACUCCGGUUACCCUGUGUGGUACGUGCCGAAGUCUAGAGAUUCCGUUUGGUGGGGUCGCGGCUGGGAUGAGGAACUGGAGAACGAGAAAAAAGAGAUCCAGUUCUGGUACGAAGGCAAGCUCCGUGAGGCUGCAGAUUACUACGAGACCAAGCUUCAAGAACUUGAUGACUGGUAUUCAAUGGUUCUCGUUUUCCUCUAUCAUAAUGCUGUGAUUUAUAUUCAUUACGUUGUUUGAUUCAUCAUGAUACUGAAGGGCUAUUAGAAUAAGAAGUCUUGUUCUAAGUCCACGUCUGCAUCAUCUUUUGUGCGACAUCGAUGCGUGUGGUACCCGAUGAAGCAUGCGCUUCAGGUUCUAAUCAUCUUUUGACCAAUGAAUAGGUAUUCGGCCAAGUGCCGCAAGAUGGAGGACGAUAUCCAGUGUCUGGAAUGCAAAGACGAGGAGCACGAGCGAACACUGGCGCAGCAGGCUGCGAGCUAUAAUACCCAGAUAGCAGAGAUGCAGGCCCAACAACAAAAGGCGAUCCAGGAGGCACAGGCUGUUUCUCACCACCAGAACGGCUACAACGCAGCACCGCUGCCGACUCCAGCCGGUGGAAAGCAAAGUACGGUGAUCUACGUCGAUGCACAGGGACGGGCUACGACGCAGACCACAACGACGGUCGCUGCACCGGCUGCUCAAGGUAACCAAAUCCAUCAAGUCUCCCGUGAAGAGUGGGGCGAACGUAGUUCCUCUGGAACUAACGCCGCGCGCGGCGCGCCGGCUGAGUACGGCCGCCGUGCGGGCGGCGACAACAAGUCAUCCUCUAAUAACACAUCGUCGAAUACGAAAUCCGGUUCGGGAGCUGCACCGAAGGAGUUUCUCAAGCCGGCUCCGGGCAAAGAGAAGACGCGAAGUGCUGCGCCACCGGCACGCUACAAGCAGGAGAAGCGAGGUGGAGAUCAUGACGACGUGAGUGACAUCAGCGGCCGCGGCGAAAACGACGAAAUCGAAUUCGUGGAGAAAUCGAAGCCGAAAAAGCGAAAACAGGAAAAGCCUCGAGUUGUGCUCACCGCGAAAGGGGGAGAUAUGGAGUAUCAAUGAGUUUCGAUGAUCUUCAGGAGGUGAAGAUUUUUCCUUCGUAGUUGACGGUCGGAGGUUCUUUAGCACCUGUAUGCAAAGGAGGUUCUUUAGCACCUGUUUGGCUUUCAUCUAUUUGUGUGUAUUAGAUGAAUUCAAAUAUAAGUAGAAAAUGAAAACAUAAGCAUACAGUUUUUUAGAGGCGUUCGGACGAACAAGAAGUUAUCAGGUUUGCCUGGUAGGUUAGUAAAGAGUUUGAUGUACUUGAAUUUGUACACCACAAAAUAAUAUAAAAUCGUCUUUUUUCCUGUUGAGUGAUGGAAAUUAUAUGAUUAUGAUUUUGAUUUCUGGUGCAGCUACCACAUGUUUAUUUACAGCUAAUUAUUCCCAUGACAAUAUGCAGACUGUUGCUGCUUUCUGACGAAGAGGUGGGGAAUCGCUUCGUGGUUAAGGAGACUCUGGGAAUCAGCUAGGACUAUGGAGUAAAUAUUGAAAACAUGAAGAUGAUCGAUUUUUCUUUGUCUUUAGAGUGCUCUGUGAUCACAAUAGAGUUGGCUAGGCUUGCUGCAGAACGAAGGAAAAGAGGACGAAAGUAGAAGUACUUAACUUGCAUUAUUUCGCGAUACCACUACCACAGUUAAGUAGACUACUAACUUCUGUAUCCUUACCUGUUGGAGGCAUGUUGAUGAUUACAAUGCUUUGGUUGUAAGGAGCUAGAAGAUGAGCAUUGCUUUUGCUAUGAAUAAUCGCAAGAAUCAUGGAAAAAAUGUUAUUAAUAGUCAUCAAUCAAAACGUCGUUCGCGCGUUUUGCCUCACACUCUCACCCCCACCCUUUCUGGAACCUGUACGAUGACAUACUAGACAUAAUGAUAAUAUGUUUUGAUGAAGAGUCGCCGCAUCCUUGAAUGAAUCUUGGGAACGAAAAUCUUUAAGAUAUGAACAACGCCUAAUCAAAACCCUUGCUCUCCCAAAAAUAAGAAUGUUUCAAAUUUUUACCCGUCUCUGUGUCACCUGAAAAAUAUUUUGAUGAAGACCGCGUCGAAGAGCACACGACUCAAG